CAAACUGGUAAAUUAUAAAUAGCUACAGUACACUCUAGCUUCGAGGCGAUAUAUACGGCGUGCACUUCGAAAAAUAAACCCCUAAUCUCGGCUUUUAAUACGUCGGUCAACACACACACAGCGACUAGCUGACUAACCUUGAUCGUUCUUCGUUUAUAAAGGGUCUGAAAGCAAGAGAAGCGCAACAGUUAAAGGUGGAACUUUCGAGUAAAUUUUUAUCCACCGACGAGGUAAAGGAAAACUUGGGAAACAUGUCUGAGAUGAUGGAGGAGUUCGAGAGUGUUGAUGCCCUGCUGAAGAAACUGCCACCAGACGAUUACAAGAAGCUGAGGAACGUCCUUUUUGGCACAGAGACUUACGAGCUCCCUCUGUCGGAAUGCGUGACGACCAUGGCGCAAACCUACAACUUCGACGUGCUGUCCUGCAAGUUCGGCUGCGAGAAGGAAGAGCUGCGAUCCCCGAGGAUAGUGAGGGUGGGCAUCUUCCAGAACAAGAUCCCGAUGAACCCGGAAACGCCGAUAGUCAAACAGAGGGAGGCUGUGCACCGGAUGGCCAAGGAGGCCAUACAGACUGCGGCGGCGGGCGGCGUCAACAUCUUCUGCUUUCAAGAGACCUGGAGUAAGUUCUGUUGCAUGAUUGAAGCGAGGUUGUUUGAACGGAGACGAAGAGAUAUGCCUUUCGCCUUUUGCACCAAGGAGAAGUUACCGUGGACUGAGUACGCGGAGAACGCCAGGAACGGCCCUUCGACCCUGUUCCUAUCGGAGCUGGCCAAGAUGCACAACAUGGUGAUAGUUUCGAACAUAUUGGAAAGGGAUGAGACUCAUGGAGACACUAUAUGGAACACAGCGGUCUUCAUUGAUAACCACGGGGAUUAUUUGGGGAAACACAGGAAGAACCACAUACCCAGAGUGGGGGAUUUCAACGAGUCCAGUUACUACUUCGAGGGUAACACGGGUCACCCUGUAUUCGAGACCGAGUUCGGAAAGAUAGCGGCCAACAUAUGCUACGGCCGACACCACCCCCUCAACUGGCUGAUGUUCGCGAUAAACGGCGCCGAGAUAGUCUUCAACCCCUCCGCGACAAUUGGCGACCUGAGCGAGCCGCUGUGGGGCAUCGAGUCUAGAUGUAACGCAAUCGCGAACGGUUAUUUCACCUGCGCCAUCAACCGCGUGGGCACGGAGAUCUUCCCCAGGGAGUUCUGCAGCGGCGACAAGAAGCCUGCGCACAGGAACUUCGGCCAUUUCUACGGGUCCAGCUACGUGACGGCGCCCAACGGAUCCAGGAGUCCCGGUUUAUCGAGAGUGAGGAACGGUUUGCUCAUAGCCGAGCUGGACCUGAACCUUUGCAGACAGGUGAGGGAUAAGUGGGGCUUCAGGAUGACGCAAAGACUGGACAUGUACUCCGAAUGUCUGAACAGAGCCACGCAACCAGAUUUCGUACCCCAAGUGAUAAGAAAAUGAAGUGAACAUAUAUUUAAUUUAAUUAAUUUUAGCGUAUAAUUGUAUUUAUGAAAAUUUUAGAACGAAUAAAGACGAAUUUUCUAUAAAA